AUGCUGUGGACCCCCUCAAAAUUUCACCCCUCCGAGUCACUCAGCCUUGUGCCCAAGAUCUACGCUCACAUGAAGGAGGCACCGUUCGCUCACUCAACUUUUAGAAGAAUGGAAGCCCAAAGCGGAACCACACCAAGCGUUGACGCUGUGAAAGGACAACAAGAAAACGCGGAGAUGAGUUUUCUUCGUCCACCCGUUGUUCGUUUAGGCGCCGGUGCAGCGCUGAACCGCGCCUUGUUCACCAAGAAGGUGUACUUGGCUGCCGCCGCCAUACAAAGCCCCAAGGUCAUUGCGCAUUACAGGAAGGCCCUUCAAACAAGCCAGGAGAUGCUCAAGGUCGACAGGAUAUCUCCCAUUGUGUCUCACCCAGAUAAGGAGCUCGGUGCGCAAGGUCGCAAAUGUAUCUUACUCAACCCAAGUGUGAAGGCUGAAGAACCGACGACAUGGGGUCCUGUUAUUCAAGAAGGAAUUCAGAAAGAGGAGUUGACAGUCAUUCCUUAUGAGCUCACACUCGAGUAUGACUACUGGACCGCACGCGACACCAUGGAGUCGGUCCUCCCCCCUGAACUUCAUGAUGAGAUUCCAUCCGGUUUCAACGUAGCAGGCCACGUUGCUCACCUGAACCUCCGAGAUAGCUACCUUCCCUACAAAAAAGUAGUAGCAGAAAUAAUCCUUGACAAGAACCCCAGCAUCAAGACUGUCAUCAACAAAGUCGACAACGUCGGAGCCGAGUCCGAGUUCCGCACCUUCCAGUACGAAGUUUUGGCUGGCGAAGAUGACCUCAACGUCUCCUGCACUGAAAACAACUGCAGUUUCAACUUCGACUAUUCCAAGGUGUACUGGAACAGCAAGCUCGAGUACGAACACACCCGCAUCAUCAGCUUCUUCAAGCCAGGAGAGGUAGUAUGCGACGUGAUGGCAGGCAUCGGCCCCUUUGCCCUCCCCGCCGGCAAAAAACGUGUGUUUGUCUGGGCCAACGACAAGAACCCCGAAAGUUACAAGUGUCUCAAGGCCAACAUCCAGAAGAACAAGGUCCAGGAUUUUGUUCGUCCCUUCUGCGAGGAUGGCCUCGGUUUCAUCCGUCAAGCGACGGAUGAAAUUCUAGCGGCAUCCCUCAAGGGUGAAAAGGUCGUCAUCACAAAACCUGGACCGAGAUCAAAGUCCAGGAAGACCGAUAAGCCCACCACACCCGGUUUUGUACGGGAGCCGCUAAAGCCCUUAAUCACAGAAACAUAUCCUCUCCCUCCCACCAUCUCGCACUUCGUCAUGAACCUGCCAGCCUCGGCAAUCGAGUUUGUCGGCUCGUUCAAGGGAAUCUAUCAAUUGCAAGAAAACCUCUUCGCACCCACCACGAAGACUCUUCUGCCUCUUGUUCACGUCCACUGCUUCGCGCUCAAGGCCGACGACGAGAGACCGUUGAUUGAUAUCUGCGAAAGGCUUACCAAGUAUCUUGGUUUCCCCAUGAAGCCGGGUAACAUUGACUACAAUCUCAAUGGGGAAGGCGAGGUUGCUGUUCACAAUGUGAGAGACGUAGCGCCGGCCAAGAGCAUGUACUGCGCUACAUUCCGUCUUCCGGCUGCCGUUGCUUUUGCGGCGAGGGACUAGGUUGGCUGUUCAUGACUAUGAUGGGUUCAUUUUGGCAUUGGCAACAUAAGAAGGAAGCAUGGUGUUCAGGGGCACAUAGGGCGGGCUGCAGGGGAAAAGUCUACAACUAAGAUUUCGGCUACUUUCACAUCAUGCUCAUGUUCAUCUGGCAUCAUGAUACCGUCCAGGACAGGGCUCGAAUAGGUGAUCAUGAUAUCAAACCGAAUAAUCGCGACAUUUACGUCCUCAUUACCAUCAGUGGCAUCCCCAAACUUGCGAAUUGACAGGGUGAGAUCAAACCAAAGGAUAUGCAUCUCACAACAAACAACCAAUUUAUCAACACCUCCCUCACAAAAACAACCCCCACACCCCCAGUGUAUCCCCAUCCCAUCUCUCUUUGCCCGGCAGGCAAAAAUCACAUCACACACCCUACCACACACACAAACCACCCCGGCUGCACGGGAGGCCCACCCGAUGUAACUCACACCAUACAACGCACAUAUAACAGCUCACAUCAACCAACCCUCUAGACAAAGUUCCCACCGGGAAGUCUUCUCUGAUUGUUUGUGUUUUUCUUAUAAGUGACGGCACACCAUGAAUGACAUCGGAUCAAGACCCCAACUCUUGCUUAAACGAAAGUGGGGAGGGGGCUGCCAAAUCCCAGGGGUGAGGUGGUGGCAGCACAUCGUCCGAUCCGUCCUCCCAUCCCAUUGUGUGUGUAUUGUUACCUAUGUCAAAGCUUCGUCGGAUGAGGGCACACACACACACACACACCGCACACCUGCACACCAGGGAUGUUACAGACCAACUGUACUGCUACGCUACGCAAUCCAUCCCUCUCCCGCAUAUUGGAACUUCUAAAGCUACGACCUACCUCGCCCAAGCCCCUCGGUGAGCAAAAGCUUCAAAGUUGGGUGGUGGUGACACGAAACAGCUCUCCCAUGAGCUCUCAAGAGGAGGGGUUAGUUACUCUUCCCGUCCCCAUCCUCCAUCCCCCCCACGUUAAGCCGGCAGUUAAAACAUUUCGGUCCGAAGAGACGUGGCUGUCGACUCGGUCAAGAACCCCCUCGCAGCAUAUCUCUUUGUUUAGAGGAGGUUUAUGGAAUUCUAGAUUCUUAUGGCGUGUGUGUGUUUAAAUCACCCCAAUUGUUCCCCCCUCAUAUGAAAAAAAAAAGAUGACAUAACCUGGUCGAGAGAUGACGAAGUCACCAAGAAUGCCAACACCCCUCCCUACCUCCCUCCCCAAUUCCCAGUUGCAUCUUCCUCAACCACAUCCGGUUCCGGACCAUUCUAGUCGUAAAAAGGUUAAGAGAAUUUCCCAAUUCCUUGUUCACCGGUCUCUGGUGUCGUUUUUGUUCGUCUUAUCAACGAGCUUCCCGAAGGGCGGGGGGCGGGGAGAUAAGCAAGCUGUCAUAGCUACACUGCCAUGCCCUGUUCUUGCAGCUGCAACAACGGUGUGAAAGAUGCGAGAGAAGGGGAGCAAAGAACUGGGACACGACAGGAAACGCCACCGAUUUAAUCGGUCGUACUGUAUAGUGCGAACUAGGUAUGUAUGUAGCGUGGGAUACCCGGAUUUCUUCUAGAUAUGCAGCUCGUCACGAGAGGGAAGGUGAGAUGGAGAGAUAGGCAUAGACGGGUUUAAGAUAUCGUGGGAUGCGGAAGUCAAUGGUUACUCUCGGUCGUCUGGGUUGAAGGCUACUUACUGAAUGGGGAAGCAUAAACUUAACUCAUGAUCAGUUCCUG